CAUAGCAAUUUUUGUUCGUUUCAGGUUCCUCAAAUAAACGUACCACUAACGCUUCCAGAUUUACCAGGUAUUGUGGACGAUGAGAAAUUUGUACUCGAUCUUAACUCGCAAAGUCCUAUUGCACCAUCAUCCGCGGUCACGACGCCCACGGUACGUUUGGACCUACCAACGCCUACUAGUGACGAGAGGGAUUCUCGGUCAAAGAUCGAGGAUAACGUACUGUGUUUGCCUGUUUUGACUGAAAACGUGCCUGUUGCGACGGCUACGUCGUCGCGGGAACCUGCGCCACCACCUCCUUUACCUUCUGUAUUCAUCGCGAAUACAAAUACUACUGCGGACAAUGGUAAAACUAAUUGUCAGCAAGUUAUGGCACCUCCGCCACCGCCGCCACCACCACCGCCGCCACCGCCUCCGCCGCCGCCAGCAGCGGAACCGUCUGUGCCUCUGUCAAAUGACAAUCCGGAAAAGAAAGAGAAAAUCGCGAACCGUCCGCCCGCGAGAAACCUCACAGACGAUCGUUCCAAUUUGAUGGCAGCGAUACGGAACGCUGGCGGAAUAGGACGAGCGAAGUUGAGGCCUACUGUACCAGACGAGAAGAAGCGCGAUCGAUGGUCUUCGGCUUCUGUUGGAGGAGAUCUGAUGGCAGAUUUACACGCGAAACUGGCGUUAAGACGUAAAGGUAUCGCCGGCUCUACGGUAGGUGCUUUGGAGAGGAUGUCUAGUCUAAUACCGCCUCCGCCAAAACCAAACGAGGCAUCCGCGUCGGACAGAAAUUCCGCCACCAGCGAAUACGAUUCUCAACCCGACACGGACGAUUGGGAAGAGUGAUAGUUACUGCUGCGAUGAUUGAUCAAGAGACAGCGAAAAGUUAUCGUAACGUCGAGAGAAAGCGUGUCGGACAGCUUAAAGCGUCAAUAUUCAUACGCGCGCGUGCGGAGAUUCAGGGGAAUUUCUUUUCAAUAUAAGCUCGAUGAAAUGAGAGAACGAUAAUAUCAUGAAAAUAUAAAGAUCUGUGGGUAUAUAUAACCUAUUUUUGAUUCAACAAAAUAUAUAAUUGUAAAUUUCAUGCUACGUGGCUGCUGAUUAUGUAUCUUUUUGUUGUAUGUAAAAAUAUUACAUACACAAAUCACGAAACUUAUGAUUACUGAUUUUCGUAUUUAUUUGAUUGUACAUUGUUUUUUGCGUAUACUAUUGUAAUUAUUUCACAUAUACCGCGUACAGGCAGUGAAUGAUAUUAUGUAUAAAUUAUUCUCACGGAUGUAUACGUUAUGUAAUUUUAAAUGUGAUUUGUUAAAAAAAAGAAAAAUAUCAAUCACUUAAAUUAUCUUGUAUCACUUCUUUUUUACAAAUCUCAAAAAAUUCAUUAUUAUUCAAAAUGGGUGACUAUAGUCUUUUUUUUUACUAUUGUUAAAUUUGUAAAAUAUAGGCAAUUUAUUGAUAAUAUUUGCCAUCUCGUCUGCUGCCGAUUGUGGACUCAACAACACUCUCAAAAGUUCUAUCGAUUUUUCUUAUAACUCGAAUCGAUACGAGUGAAUACAAGAAAAGUUUUAGCUUAUUUUAAUACUAAUGCGAAAAUUCGCUAGAACUUUUUAAUUCUUAAUCCUAUCACUUCGAGUGUUAAUAGUUAUCGUUAAUACGUGGUUACAUACAGAAUUUUAAAUAAAGUAAUAGAUAUCCCUAAAAAGUUUCUGUUUUUAUUUUUUUUACAAAUUAGUUUCUUUAGAGUUCUGGUAGUUUUCCAAAAAGUUUUCAAAUAUUCUAAUAUCAAAUAUCAAAUAUUCUAAUGACUCAUCAAUGCAAGCAGAAACAAAAAUAUUCUAACUUAUCUUAGUCGGAGAUUGCAUGAGAUUGAUCUCCCUUUUUUCAAAUGACUGUUUAAAAUAAUGUUUAUAAUUACUUUUGAUUUCCGAAGAUUACAUUUAGUCACCUUGUUCUCAUUCUUGCUGCCGUUCAGCCAGCGGGCCAUAUAACUGACGCUCGUGUCGCUUAGCCUCAGGAGUUUAAAUAAAUAAAUCUUUUUAAAAAAACGUGUUAGUAAUAGAUUUGUCCGAAAGACUUCUAAACUAGUGUAAUAAGUUAAAGUGAAACAAGUAUACUUUAUUUCACUCUAACUUAUUGCACUAAUGUGUACUAGUUCAAAAGUUCUUCGAAAACAAACAGAUCUAAUAAUAUCUCAUGAGUAACGUGGACAUCUAUUUUGUUAUAUUAUAAUUAUAAUUCACAAAUUUAAUACACUAUACGUCGAUUAUAUAAUAAUUGAUUCAUAAAUUAUAUGUGUACCCAAGUA